AAAAAUGACAUAUUCAGCACCGAUAAUUAACAAUCAUCUGUCGUUAUCUUGUUCUAAACGAGCAUUUCUGCAGAUUUUUAAAUUUUUCUUUCCUAACGUUGGGGUUGAAUUAUUAGAAGAUACCUAAAUAAGUACUGUUUGUUUAUGGAAUUUUUAAGAUUAGUUGGUACUGCACUGCACAUUUUUUUAAUCCAUUUUUCAUUAUGGGUUUUAUCAACCUAGUGUCAUCCGAGGGAGAAAUUCACAUUGUAAAUAUUGAAUAUGCGAAAUGUUCCGCAACAAUAAAAUCAAUGUUAAGUGUUUGUGGAGAUGAAGAAACAAACAGAGAGGAAGAAAUUGAUGACUACGGUGACCUGCCACUGCCAAAUGUGGAUUCCGCUACUUUAAAAUUAGUAAUUGAAUGGUUGAAAAUUCAUUAUUUUUAUGAACAACCUCUGAUAGACCCUACAACUGGCGAGCAAUACCUGCCACUAGGAUCACUUGACUUCAAGAUUUGGAAGAAAGAAUUCUUAACAAUUGACAAGGAUAGUCUUCUUAAACUGGCUUUGGCUUCCGACUAUCUUGAGAUCCCAUCUUUAAAGAAAGAGAUGGAUUUCAACCUGCCUCAAUCAUCAUCACAAUCAUGAUCACAGAUCACAUUAAAUAAUUAAACGAAAUAAGAAAAAAUAUGUAAGAAAAAUAAAUUUCUUUUUAAAUAUUUA